AUGCACCACUUCCCGCGUUUACGAGCUGCUGAAAUUUCCGGUGCCUUUGCAGCGUAUCGGUUGCCGAGCCUUCGACCUCAGGGACCUCUUUUAGCUCCGAAGAGAAUAGUUUCAGGUGUCCAGCCCACAGGAUCAAUACAUCUCGGCAAUUAUCUUGGUGAAGUCUUCUAUACGAAUGACAUUCCUGGUUAUAAAAAUUCAUAUGAGACACUCUUUUUUAUUGUGGACCUCCAUGCGAUAACAUUGCCAUAUGAUACACAGCAAUUAUCUGAAGCGACAAAAGAUACUGCGGCUCUUUAUGUGGUGUGGAUACUUCCAAGGUCUGCUGUCUCAGUUUUUGUGCUGUCUCAUGUACGUGCUCAUGUAGAGUUGAUGUGGCUUCUGAGUUCUGCCACCCCAAUCGGUUGGCUCAAUAAGAUGAUACAGUUUAAAGAGAAAUCACGGAAGGCUGGGGAUGAGAACGCUGGGGUUUCUCUUUUAACUUAUCCUGUGCUGAUGGCGUCACCAACAUUUCCCUUGCAGUCUGAUUUUGUCCCUGUCGGCGAGGAUCAGAAGCAACACCUCGAGCUGACUCGAGAACUAGCUGAGCAUGUUAACUAUCUAUAUGGAGGAAGGAAGUGGAAGAAGCUGGGAGGACAAGGUGGUGCUAUCUUUAAGGUUCCCGAAUCCCUUAUUCCACCAACUGGUGCUCGUGUGAUGUCUCUAACUGAUGGUCUUUCCAAGGCCACUCUUUCUGGCCCUCCUGGGCUAUACGUAGAAAACCAUCCCCUAAACCCGCGUGUGUGCUACAACGCUUGGACUUCCCUUCGCCCCAGCUUGGAGUUCGAUAAUCCUGAAAGACCUGAAUGUAACAACCUUCUCUCGAUAUAUCAACUCGUUACUGGCAAGACAAAACAGGAGGUCGUGGAAGAAUGUCGAGAUAUGAACUGGGGAACUUUCAAACCCCUGCUUACUGAUGCUUUAGUUGAUCAUCUACAUCCAAUCCAGGUUCGCUAUGCGGAAAUUAUGUCAGACCCCACUUAUUUGGAUGACAUUUUGGCCGAGGGUGCCAAUAAAGCUACAUCCAUAGCAGAUGUCACUCUCAAUAAUUUGUACCAGGCAAUGGGAUUUUUACGGAGAUGAGAUCAACGAAUGAGACUAUGAAAAGAACGGAAUCCGAAUGCACGUGACUUCAAUUCAUAU